CAGAUGCGGGUAACUAGACUUUAUUCGAAGUCAAGUAAUCAAGAUAUAAAUUCGACAAGGACACUUGUCACAACAAUGAUGAAUCGAAAAGGAAGUCGCGUCCAAAAUGGCGAUACAGAAGGCUGGGGCAAAUGCCGAGGCCAGGAAUGCUCGCAGCUUUGAGACCAUCCAAUCGUAGAAUUCCCGGGAUACUUCGACGCAUUUCAAACGACUUCCUUGAAGCCGGAAGCUUCUUGGGCAUAAGAUGUGGAGAAGAAGGAGACAGGCGUUUUCUUGCGGUCCCGAAAUUGUUCUCUUGGAUCGACAUUUGCCCAACGAUGUUGUCGCAUGUGGGAAGCGAACGCGCGGACGCGUUUGUUGUUUCUCUUACAAUUUUCUCCUCUGCUUCCUUUUCUCAACACUUCUAUGUUCAACACCACAACCAGAUCGAGUAUAUCCCCAGGGCGAUAUCUAUGGCCGUGUUAACAGCUGCCUCAUCCUGCAGCUGCCAUCACCCCUAUUGCUACGCGCCUCGAGACGAUCCAUCCAUCGUGCACCAGGUGCUCCACCCCAAGCUCUUCUCCGAGUCUGCCAGCCAGCACUAGGAGAAUUGGAGCACGACAAUGAAGAGUUGAAUCAACGCAACUUCUUCGACGGGAAAUGGUUCUGUGAUUCGGCAUACGAUCGGCAAAGCACAUGAACGUAGGAAUGGAGGCUUCGAUACUUGCUUCGAACUCGUCAGCCGUCUC